GGCGAAGAGCUAAAAAAAUAUAGCCACGCCCGUUGUGUGUACAGUCGUCUACCCUGAUCACGUCCAUAUUAUCUGUAACAGCCAGAAUAGUUACGAGGAGCAAAAUCAAAUUACUUCUUUUUGCCUCAUGAGGAUAUUUUAGACGCACGAUCCAAGUGACUCGAACCAACUCCGAAUGCCUGGAUAAAAAGUUACAUCUGCCUACCUGCUUUCUGUUCAUAAUUGUUGGUUGUUCAAAUGAAAUAGCGAAAAAUUGGUAGAUCUAAGUUUAGGUCACCUACAUACAGGUGACCAAAGUUAUAUUACAAGAAUUACACAGCCGUGCAAUUAAUGUAAUAAACUAGUCCAUAUGGGCAAAAUUAAUUAAAGGGCUUGUAUUCCAUACUUACAACUUUUAAUAAGUAUUUAGUGCAGCCUAACAGCUAGUUACAUAAUUAUAAUUAGUAAGUUAUAAAGUCCUUGAAUUACAUAGAAAUAAACGGCAUUCUUGGUCGUAAAUAAAUAUUCCAGUUGUAAAAACUGUGUUUUCACCAUUCAGUGUUAAAAUCAUAAUACAAUCGAUAGGGAUAUCGAUUGACUGAGGACUGAUAUCAGUUUCUGAACGAAAGUAGUGCUCUAAAUAUUUUAAUGGCCGCAUCAGGCAGCUGUCUGUCAGUGACAUUUGAUUUGCUUCGUGUAAAUUUUGUGAUGUACAAGUUUCGAAUCCGUCUAUUUAUCAAUGAAUAUGGUGUACAUUAAUAGAUAAUGGUUGUUUAUGUUGCCUAUUUAAUAAUAAACUAAAAAUACUGUGUAGAAGUCCAUAAUAUCGUCAUUUAAUUACUAUAAUGGAGGAUCUCAAUUUGACAGAAACCGAAAUGAGAUAUUUCGGUGAUUUGUUUUUAUGUUGUGACGAGGAAUCCAAUGGGAAAAUACCGAUGUUAAAAGCAACAGAACUAUUUAGAUCGUCGAAUGUACAUAAUGAUGUCCUAAAACAGAUCAUGGAUAUAAGCGUUGCUCCUAAUAACUGUGCAGCUCUAAGUCAUAUGAAUAGAAAACAGUUUUACUCAGCUCUGAAACUAAUAGCAGCCCAUCAAACAAAUAUGACGUUAAAACCUGAGCUCUUGUCUACGCCUGUGGACUUGCCUUUGCCGAGGUUUACAUGGGCUUUGAAUUCUGAAGCGAACGCUGAUUUGAUACAAUUGUCAAGCUCACCACAUGAGCAUCAACAUCACUUGAGUAAGCGGGAAAGGAAUUUUGGUGGUACCCUCGGUGCAUAUGAGCCUAUAAGACUAUCAUCCAACUUGUCGGACAGCGAUGUCCCUCAAGUUCUCUCCCACGACACGACUGAAGGAUUAAGUACAGACUCUGAAAUUGAAUCGGAAACAAUGUCACAGAGAUCAGGAUCUCAUGGGCGGAGAGGCAAGACAGGCUCACCAUGGAGUACGGCUAGUGAGAGCCCCACGCCCACGAACAGCGUGGCGGAGCGCGUGCACCCGGUGUGGGAGCACAGCGCCACUGGCCGCGGCGUAUGGCCGGCGAAUACCGGCGAGGAGCACACAAGACUCUUAGGCACGGAGGAGGAGUCAUCUGACCGUCACUCGUCGGAGGAGGAGGGCGAGGCGGGCGACGACAUGUGGGCCAUCAGCGACGCGCAGGCGCGACACUACGCCGCGCAGUUCGCGCAACUGCGGCCCGAGCGGGGCAUGCUGUCCGGACAAACUGCUAGGUUAUUUUUCGAAAAAUCGCACUUACCGGUGCCUGACCUUCGAAAAAUCUGGCAGCUCUCCGACAUAAACAAAGAUGGAAUGCUAACACUGGAGGAGUUCAGUAUAGCAAUGCACCUGAUCGUGCUGAGGCGGAACAACAUCCCCGUGCCGGACGCGCUGCCCGCCUGCCUCGUGCCGCGCGUGGACUCGCGCUACUCCAAGCAGGCCGUCACUACCGACCUGGUGGACCUGGGCGCGGAUAUGUUCAGCUCCGGGACCUCCGCUGACUUUAACUUCGCACCUAAACCCGAAACGCACGACCCCUACGAUGCCACUAAGACGGCCAAAAAGCCAGAAGAGCGACAACCCUCGCUGACCCCGCCGAAAACCGAAGCCCAAGUAAACAACAAGGAAUGGACUAAGUUUGUAGACUCCCCCACGUCGAGCGUGUCGAGCCCGGGCCCCAAGCCCGUCAACUUUGACUUCCACAAGUCGGCGGUGGAGCGCGACCCGAAGAUCUUCCACCCGGUGGCGGUGCGCGUGACGCCGGACGCCAGCGCGCUGCCGCCGCACGGCGAGGGCGACACCCGCGCCAGCACCUCCCCGCGCCGAGACGACUUCGCCGCCGCCUUCGAGCUGGCCAGCCCCAAGCGUCUGCACUCUCAGCCACCUGCCGAGCCGCCGCCCAACGGAGCCGAGAUCAAGUCCAUCCAGCGGCCGCAGCCGCGCAAGCCCGUCAAGCCGGCGGGUGUGCUGCCGCCGCCGCCCGCGCGGGACGCGCCCGUCGCGCCUGACGACGGGCCGGCCUCGCUACAGCCCGCCCCGCAGUACGCGCCCAAGAAGGAGCCGCCGCCGCCGCCGCCCCCGCGACCGCUACGUAAUCACGCGCGCUCCAGCUCGCUGGACCUGAACCGCCUGAAGGGCGCGCCGGCGCCGCCACCCGCGCCCCCGCCGCGCGCGUCCCCGGGCGCCGAGCCGCGCCGCCUGCCCGCGCAGCGCUCGGAGGGCGAGCCCGCCUUCCCGCCGGACGCGUUCGCGCCGCGCGACUACGACGCGGACGGGUUCGGCUACGCGCGCGAGGACGCUCCCAAGAUGCACGGCGCGUUCGAGGUGUACCGCAAGCCGCGCUCGGCGUCGCCCGAGCCGUCCGUGCGCGCGCUGCAGGAGCAGAACGCGGUGCUGCACCGAGUGUGUCGCGCGCUCUGCGCAGAGCUGGCUGACGUCACGCGCGACCGCGAGGCGCUGCGCCUGCGCCUCGACACCGCCGCGCAUGCGCAGUAGGCGCCCCGCCCCGCGCAGAGCUGGCUGACGUCACGCGCGACCGCGAGGCGCUGCGCCUGCGCCUCGACACCGCCGCGCAUGCGCAGUAGGCGCCCCGCCCCGCGCAGAGCUGGCUGACGUCACGCGCGACCGCGAGGCGCUGCGCCUGCGCCUCGACACCGCCGCGCAUGCGCAGUAGGCGCCCCGCCCCGCGCAGAGCUGGCUGACGUCACGCGCGACCGCGAGGCGCUGCGCCUGCGCCUCGACACCGCCGCGCAUGCGCAGUAGGCGCCCCGCCCCGCGCAGAGCUGGCUGACGUCACGCGCGACCGCGAGGCGCUGCGCCUGCGCCUCGACACCGCCGCGCAUGCGCAGUAGGCGCCCCGCCCCGCGCAGAGCUGGCUGACGUCACGCGCGACCGCGAGGCGCUGCGCCUGCGCCUCGACACCGCCGCGCAUGCGCAGUAGGCGCCCCGCCCCGCGCAGAGCUGGCUGACGUCACGCGCGACCGCGAGGCGCUGCGCCUGCGCCUCGACACCGCCGCGCAUGCGCAGUAGGCGCCCCGCCCCGCGCAGAGCUGGCUGACGUCACGCGCGACCGCGAGGCGCUGCGCCUGCGCCUCGACACCGCCGCGCAUGCGCAGUAGGCGCCCCGCCCCGCGCAGAGCUGGCUGACGUCACGCGCGACCGCGAGGCGCUGCGCCUGCGCCUCGACACCGCCGCGCAUGCGCAGUAGGCGCCCCGCCCCGCGCAGAGCUGGCUGACGUCACGCGCGACCGCGAGGCGCUGCGCCUGCGCCUCGACACCGCCGCGCAUGCGCAGUAGGCGCCCCGCCCCGCGCCAUGUGCUCUAUGUAAUCUCAUCAGAUGUGAAUCGUUUAUUAUGUAGUAUUGUUAUCGUAUAUUCGGUGAGACUCAUUGUUUCAAUGUCCAGGUGGAUUUUCGAUUCGACCCUCGCUGUAAACCGCCCCGACGUCUCAGAUUCUCUCGGCCUCGGUCUGUCUCCAGAUCGUUUCGACUUCCGCUUAGCAGCUUGGCUCUGAGGCAGGUGUCGACGUACUUUUUACAAAAUAUUUGUCGUUAGCUUUAGCGUUGCGCCGUAUAUUUUUUUGUGCCUUUACAUUUUUCGAGCAUAAGGGUCCAUUUACAUUUUAUUUCUAGAGGCUAUUUUGAGAAUAUAAUGAUGAGCACCAUUGUUAUCAACUACGGAACCACAGUAUUUAUCGUUCGUUACUAACUCGCGUAGUCUCAGUAGCAUUUACUAUUAUUCGGUCACAUUAUAUUAUUUUAUAUUCAUGUAGUUUAUUUAUAUUGUAUAUAAUUAAAUUUGUAAACGACGUCACUCCAGUACAUUUCCAAAGUUAGCAGUGUUGAAGACUUAUUAGUGUUAGACAUUGUUAGGACAGGAGUUUUUGGGCUUUCGUAGCUAGGACGAGAAAUCGUAAAGGAUUUUAUAGAGAGGUAGGAAACCGCCAAACAGAGCUAUGUCUUCAGUCAACUGUAGAUUUUGAAUAAACCCAUUUUUGUAUCGAUAGUCUUAACUUCUGAAUAUUCAAGUCAAUUUGUAAGUACCAAAAAAAUAUGUUUUUAUAUAAAUUGAUUUAAAAUUGUCACUAACUGUAGUUUUCUAUUUAAUUAUAAAUAACGAUAUGGCAUUGUAUUAUCCAGUGGUUGUGCUUGCUUACUCAUUCAGAACUUCCAUUCAUGUAAACCGGUUUAAUAUCAGAACGGAUCGUCAAUUACUUGGAUUUUUUCUUAAAUUUAUUCAAAUCUAGUAUAUACGGACAGAUGAAGGUUUUCUAAAGACUUCCCCUCCCUUGAGCCUCACAAACGCCAACGGGGGGCUUUCUAUAAUAUAAUUAUGUUUUAGAAAAUCUAAAUCGGCAAAAGGCUAAUAUAAUAAGACUUAAGGUAAUUAUCGCAUCCGUUGACGAUAUUUUGUUGUAAUAAAACGAAUAAAUAAAUCUCGUCACCAAAGGCCAAAUACUUGUGAGUCUAUAAGAUUCGUAGUGUUCUAAAUUGACAUCUUUGUUGUAUUCGUAUCGUACCGUGGCAUUUAUCAUUUUCAUAGUAUACGUUUGUACAAUAUUAGGUAUUAGUUUUAAAUCAAAAAUGUUACUGCAGGGUGGCGCUAGUGUUGCUUGAUUAGCAUUCCUUAUUAUAAUUUGCUUUGUCAUCGUUUUAAGUGUAAAAUUCCAUCAGACGGAGGGUGUAUUUGUUAAAAUUUUGUGAAUGUUGUAUUAUACAUUAGCUUAGCGAAUGUAAAAAUGUCAAGAUGUAAGAACUAAAGGGAAAGAUGUACAAGACUUGUGAAGUAUGUGGAGUACAUAAGAUUGUUAAUGUAAGUAGGUGCCGACGCAUCGCCCGCCACGGGCUCGCUCGCAGAUGUUAUAAACUAUCAGAUUACAAUAUUAGCAACUGAAUACGUGUUAAAAUAAAAACUUGUAUUAUAAUAAGAUUAUUGUAAAAGUAUUUAUCUUUCAUUUUAGUCGUAACUUUAAGUAUAUGGUCCUCAGAUAGAUCGCAGCCUCAUCGCAGUGUAAAUAUUUUGAUUUAUUCGCAGAGAAACGUCUAUCGAAUGCUUUACAACCCCACUGAUCUACAUUUUGGUCCAAUUUUUGUAUUACUAAUAAUGUUCACCAUUAUACCUAUUUAUGUUUCAUAAAGAAAUUAUACAGUAAUGCUUAAAUACAAUGUAGUAAAUUAUGUACAAUAAAUUUAUUUCAAAAUUU